AUGGCUACCGUCUACCGCAAUGCCUACUUGACGAUAGUAGCGGGCAUAGCCGCCUCUUCUGAUGAGGGGUUUUUGAUGGGGAGGAGGCAUGCAGCUGGCGAGGAAAACCAAGUUUACCGAGCCACCUGGCCUUUUCCGUCUUCCGAGCCUGAGCUCGAGCAUCCCAAAACCAGCAGUUUAACCUCCCAAACCGUUACUGUACUCCCCCUCGACACCCGCGGCUGGACCCUCCAAGAACGCGCCCUCUCCACCCGCCUGCUCCGCUUCGGCCUUCACGAACUCACCUGGUCCUGCCUCUCCAUUCCCUGGGCUUGCGAGUGCGGACACAGAGAGUACCCUUCGCCCUCCGUCUUUUCCCUGCGCUCUCUCGCCACUAUUGAGAAGGAGCCGGGAAAAGACCCGUAUAGAGACAAGGAAACGCAGAUUAUGCAUUUGUGGCAGAAUUGGGAUAGUAUUGUCACGGAGUAUAAUAGUAGACAGUUGACGCAGUACCUGGAUAAGCUCCCGGCGGUGUCAGGUAUGGCGAAGGUCUUUGAGAGUUUGACGGGGAGUAGGUACGUGGCUGGGUUGUGGGUGGAUAACUUUGUGAGGAAUCUGUGUUGGUACUUGCCCCCGGAGAAGAGGGAGGAGGAGGGGGAGAAUGAAAAGGGGGUGGCGGUGGGACAGUACGUGGCGCCGAGUUGGAGCUGGGCGAGUUUGGGGAGGAGGCACUCGUACGGCACCGUCAUGCUCUUUGCCGGCGGCGUUGGCAUCACACAGGCGGUGCCUCCGGAUGCGAGGAGGUUCGUGCCUAGGGCAGAGGUGGUGGAGGUGGAGGCUGUGACGGUGGGGAAGAAUCCAUUGGGGAGGGUGAGGGAUGGAUGGGUUAAGUUGAGGGGAGUGCUGAGGAAGGGGGUGUUGGUGGUGAAAGGGGAGAGGCCGGAGGUGCCGGUUGAGACGAGGUAUUCGGUCGAGUUUAAGGGCUUGGAGACUGUUGAGGUUAGGGUUUGCCCUGAUACGUUGUUGGAGAGGUUUGAGGUGAUUGGUGCAGAUGGAAGCAAAGAGCAAUCGGUGAGGCGGGCGCGGGAGGAGACGAAGGGGGAUGAGAAGGUGUCGGGGAGCGAGGUGUACCUUCUCCUGCUGGGCAACUUUAUGACGAUCAACCUGCGGAAGGUACAGUCGAUAUCGCUGGACUUCCUGGUGCUUGGUCUCUCUCCGAGGAAAGGAAAGUCAGGGGUGUAUAAGAGAAUAGGUUAUGGGUAUACCGAGCCGAUUUUCGCGGGCCAGAUUGAGGAUUAUGUUGAUCUGGCGGAUCAAGCGUUGGUCACCAUUGUGUAA